AUGGUACCACGCGGCAUCGUCGUCCCCACACCUUCUGCUGUGCCUUCCACCCCUUCCGUUCCUCAGCAAAGCUCCGAAGGACUUGCUACGGUCAAUACCAACCCCGACACUCUGAAGAGCCGCCACUGGGAGAACCACAGACCCUACGAGGCCUUCACACAACAGACCGUCCUGCAAGAGAUGGAGAGCGCGAUGUGGGGCAUAAGACCGCCUGGGCAUGGGGAUGAAGCGACGCAUCGGAAAUCCCGGUAUCCGCAGACGACCCAGCUGCAAGGCUUCGUCACUAUAUCAGUCCCUACCGCGACUAUCGCACAACAUAGAGGCAUCGGCGGUGAUGACUACGAACCACAGCAGCAGGUCACGAGAGUCAAACAAACAACGGUGUGGCAUACGAAAACGGAAACGCAAACGAGAUUCCUGGGGUGUGAGCAUGCUCGGCAUCCACACGCCUCGUGGCGCGAUGGCUGUGGGGAUUCGGCGGUGGAGUCGGCGAUGAGCGUGCUGGACGGCUCGAAGAUAGGGCAGACGAAUGUCAAUGUCCUAGUACAUGACGCAGAUGGUGAGGUGAACAGCGCCGAUAUCUGGAAAAUCAAUAUAGAUCGCCGUGGUAUCCCAGCUACGCCUAUUACACGUGGUAGUGAAGGUGAAGAUUUGUGGGGCACGGCCCAAACGGUCACCACGUCAACACCUGCAACUCCAAGUCUCGCAACCCAAGACUUCAACGCUGGACUUAUCGCGAACUCGAAGCAUGAACAAGACACGACCAAAGUCCAGACGCGCUCUCCACUAAGCGCCGCAGCAGUCGUUCCCGGCAUCCCGAAACACCUCACCACCCUCAGCAGCUCUCUCCCUCCACCCUCCCUAACCCACCAAGGGGCGAGCAAGAUGUACACCGGCCGCGUAUCCCAAGAAAUAGACCCGCUCCUCCUUGAGCUUCUAAACCCCAUCGCCUCGCCUACGCCGACGAUCACACAACCCCCAACGCUAUCUCCGUCACUAAAUCGUUGGAACCGCGUCCCGAGCUUCGAGGCCGAGUGGGCGGAUAACGCGACCGCGCCGUGGGAAUUUGGCUUCGAUCUCCCGGGCGUCCCGGCGCCACUUGUAUGGUUGCUGUUUCUGGGCCUGGUGUUGGGGCUGCUAGGGAGUGCAGUGGUGUAUCUUGUAAACUUCCCGCCAGCGUUUCUAUCGCGCACUCCAAGCCGGAAGGGCGACGAUGAGCAUGGACGCGGCCGGUAUCAGGGCUUCGAGAACGGGAGCCUGAUGACCGAGCCACCACCAAGCGCGGUAUCCACGGUGCGGGAGUUCGAGUGCGGCGCGGCAGUGCAGCGGCGGACGCGAGCUGCGCGAGAUGUCGAGAGUGGGACAGAUGGCGCUUCGCCUUCCGACCACUCUCACUCAAAGUUUCGGGGGGAGUCGCCGACGGGUCGCACGCCUCUCCUCCGCUCUGGCUCUUCUUCACCGCGUUCAGCGUAUACCUCAUCGCCGAGUCCGCCCCGCUCGCCUCCCCGAAACCGGCCACAGAAGAACUAUCAAGAGAAGAGGAAACAAGAAAUCCUCCUCUCUCCUCUCGGUACGCACUUCCCAGCCGCGGAGACCGCCGCGAUCCCCCUCGUCCCCCUUUCUCUCCCACCGAGGGACCGAACAGCUCAAAAGAUGCGCGCAGAACGCCGGCCUCAACCACUGAACCUGAACCUCCACCCACACACCGAGCCAGGAGGCCAGCAGGCUAUCCCCCGUCUCCGCACAAGCGACGAAUGGAUCGCCGCCCGCGCCGCCUUCGCCUCUUCCCCCGACAUGCCCCACCCCCAACUCCAUCCCCUUCACACCCCCAUCUCCAACGAGAGCGACAUCGAAGCGCAGACGCCCAGCGCCCAGCGCACGCCGCUGAUGAAGAAGAAUCGAUCGGGCUUCGGGCUCGCGGCGUAUCUGCCCAGCGCGAUGUCGCUGCCGGCGUCGCCGGCGGUGCGGUGGAGCAACGGGGGCGCCGGCGCGUGGCUGGAGAGCAUUGAUGGAGCGGUGGGGAGGGUGGUGGAGCGGGUGGCACGGUUUACGGCGGAUGAGGGCGGCGAGGGGGGGUUGGUGUUGCCCGUGACGAGGGGGUGA